CACAACUUUUUGAAAUUUUUUGGCCAUUGCAAUGAUAUUGACCGUGAGAUGCGAAAGUGCUUAAAGAAGGAGUAUGAAGAAAACAGGGCCAGGAACCAGGCGAUGCGACGGAGGCUAAUUAAUGCUCACAAAAACUCAGAGAAGUGA